CAAAUAAGAUUGAGGAAACGAACACUGAAGCAACCAACCUGUAAUUGUAAAUUGUAAAAGAAAAGGAGGAAGGCAGCCUCCCAUUUCUUUCCACGCAUUUUCCGUCCUUCUUCCUCGUGUGAAAGAGCCCUUUUUCUUCUUCUGUUGCCUAAGAAUCAUUUCUACUUUCUUGCUUCUUGUUGUUAUCUACUUUCCUUUGCGUCCACCUCGUUUUCAGAUAUUUUAGAAGAGGGGACUUCAUUUACGCCACUGUUCUUGGUUUUGUUACUGGCCCUUUUGCAUUUCUUGGCUUAUUUUCUUUUCUUUUUUUGUAUUGUUGUUGAGCUUUUUGUGAUAUUUUUGGACUGUGGGAGGAGUGUUUUGAGGACCCUUUUGUUGUUGUCCUGUGUUGGUGUGGAUUAUUAUGGGAAACUGCUUUGGUUCCUCCGCGAGAGUUGAUGCCACUCUUAGCACUGCAUCUGAAGCAUCAAAAUUUCCCAGCAAAACCAGCAAUUCAUCGGCUCCUUCCAGCAUAAGCAUUCCCCCAUACAGUGGCAAAAACAGUGCUGAAAGCCUUCCUACUCCAAGAUCAGAAGCUGAAAUUCUGUCGUCCCCCAAUGUUAAGGCCUUCUCGUUUAAUGAGUUAAGGAAUGCAACGAGAAACUUUCGCCCUGACAGUCUUCUUGGGGAAGGAGGAUUUGGCUAUGUUUUUAAAGGAUGGAUUGAUGAGCAUACACUUUCUGCUGCAAAACCUGGAUCUGGAUUGGUCAUUGCAGUCAAGAAGUUAAAGCCCGAGGGAUUCCAAGGCCACAAGGAGUGGUUGACAGAAGUUAAUUAUCUGGGGCAACUUCAUCAUCCAAACCUAGUUAAACUUAUUGGCUACUGCUUUGAGGGUGACAAUCGGCUUUUGGUAUAUGAGUUCAUGCCAAAAGGAAGCCUAGAGAAUCAUUUAUUCAGAAGAGGACCCCAACCCCUCUCUUGGGCUACUAGAAUGAAGGUUGCUAUAGGUGCAGCUAGGGGCCUUUCUUUCUUGCACGAGGCGGAAGAACAAGUUAUAUAUAGAGAUUUUAAAGCUUCUAACAUCCUUCUUGAUGGGGAAUUCAACGCAAAGUUGUCCGACUUUGGUUUGGCCAAAGCCGGCCCAACUGGUGACAGGACGCAUGUAUCAACUCAAGUUGUGGGUACACAUGGAUAUGCUGCGCCUGAGUAUGUUGCCACAGGUCGACUGACAGCAAAAAGUGACGUAUACAGCUUCGGGGUUGUUUUGCUCGAACUGCUAUCCGGACGUCGUGCUGUUGACAAAACGAAGGUUGGUGUCGAGCAAAACCUAGUCGACUGGGCCAAACCAUACAUGGGUGACAAGAGAAGGUUGUUCCGGAUAAUGGACAUUAAACUGGAGGGUCAGUACCCUCAGAAAGCCGCAUUCGCUGCCGCUACUAUUGCUUCGCAGUGCUUAAACCAAGAUCCUAAACUCAGGCCUCGCAUGGCAGAGGUUUUAGCCAAACUUGAAGAGCUCCAAGCUCCAAAAGGUGCGACGAGACAUUCCAAGGCCGAUAAUCAGGUCGACCCUGUUCUUAUGUCGCCACUGAAACAUCAUUUGCCUAUGAAUGUAACACCUUUGGCGUCUCCUUUGCCAGCAAAUCGAAAGGCUUCUCGCGUACGAUGAGGCAGGACAAAUUAUUGUUUGCUUAAUCAAUUAUAUUGGAUUAUUUUUUUUUCUUUUUUCAGCUGUAAAUUCCUCACUUAGGUUCACAUUUUGCUGUUUGUGGAUUAUACCUUUUUGUGUGGAGUGUUCAAUCUGCGUACUGUUGUGGAUAAACUUCUAUUCCCCUUGAGGUUGCGAAGUUGUACGUUCAAACUGCAGAAUGAUGAGAUUGUAAUUAGAAAGUUUUUAGUAAGAACCAGGGACUGAUAUUAAACACUCA